AUGGCAAAACCUACAGUUGAUUGGAAAAAGCGCGUUCUACUCCCCUUCUGGAUCAUCCGAAUAUGUCUGAUGCUUGUCAUAAUCAUCGGCUUCUCUGUAGCGAUGGGCUUGAAUCACGAUAAUGCCCGGCGCAUCUUCAGGUACCCCGCUGCAGUAACCUUUCUUUUCCUCACCGUCCUCGUUCUAUUACUGGAUGUGGUACAAAUCCUCUUGUGGGCCCGGGACACGCUUUAUCCUGCUUACUUUACCGGUUUGACUGUUUUCCAAGCGGCCUUCUGGGGCCUCGUAUUGCUCAUGGAUAUAAUUUUGAUCGCGAAGAAAGAGCAAAGCCCUCAAGCAGUGGGGCUGGUUGUUGUUGUGUUCCUCUUAUACCUCGGCCUCUUCAUCUAUGCUCUACGUGGUCACAUGAAGCUACGCAGGAUUGGCAAGCGAGGCCACUACGCGUCGGCAAAUAAUAUCGAGACGGCUGCCGUCGCGGAAGUGCGGUGCUCAGAAUCGACGUUCGAUCGGAACGACAAGCAGCACCGUAAGCCGAUGUAUCAUGGAGGUGAUCUUGGGGAAUCGAAGCCGCUAGAUACUGAAUAUGACGAACCGAUGGAACGCUAUGUCGAUCAGCCGACGAAGUCUGCGAAAGAGGUAUAA